ACAGUAUCCAUACGUAGUAGUGGUUGUUAGGAAACAACUUUUAUUUCUUCAGUCACCUGCUUUUUUUGAUAUUAUUUUGUGUUUUCUAUUGUACCCAAGAGUACACUUUUUCGGGCCGAAUGUGAUUUUAAAACGGCAGGCUUUCCACGCUAAGCGGCGAGCCAGCUCAAGUCAAGAUCAUGUCCUUCCCGGUGCUUUCCGCCCUGGAAGAGCUGCAGUGGCCCUGUCUCGUCACGCUCUUCAUCGCCUCCGUCGUCACGGUGCUCGUAUAUCUCGCGCAGUGUCUUUACUCUGACCUGCGAGCGCGCGGCUUAGAGGCGCGCGCCGCUCCGGCCGUCCGCGAGGAGGAGGUGGACGCGGACGCGGACGCGCUGCUCAACUGGGCGCUGUCCCUGAAGAGCUGGAGGUGUCAGUGGAGGAGAGCCUGGGUGCGAGCGCUCAACGAGCGGGCGGCCAGUCCAGAGAGACCUGUCCACCUCAUGUUCGAAGAGGAUGGUCCGCAGUCCUCAGAGCUGGUGGUCAGUCAUGUCACCAGCUUUAAGGCGUCACCUGAGCGCAAGAACGUAUGUUGCCAGGUGAUCGGGGACAGGUUGCAGUUCUCCCUCUGUGUGUCACCCAUGGCGACCACAAAUGCAGGCCCCCUGAGAUACAACAUUACAGUUUCCCCCCUCCAACUGCAGCUGGACUUGCAGAUGCGAGAGGCAGCAGGGGAGGUGCAGAUUUCCUGGGCGUUGUCGCAUCUGGACACAUGGGACUUGCAGAUGACACCCAGUCACACACAGAGCAAUGCAGCAGCCCCCAGCAUAGCAGUAGUCAAGGAUAUUGUUAGGCAAAUCCUGUGUGAAGCCCACCCAAUGGUGCUGCUGACUAGCCAGCCUGCACAGGGAGCAGAGCUGAAGGAGAUGCGAAAUAAGGUCUCUCAGGUGGCCUCACCCCCGAAGCCCCCACGAGCCCAUGACUGGAAGCUCCUGGUGAAGAACAUCAGGGCCACAAUUACCCAGGAGGAUGGUGCUGCAGGCAGCAUGAACUCCUACUGUGUUCUACAACUUGAUGACCCUCCACAAAGACUAUCCAGUCCAGUCUCCAAGAAUUCCUGGAGCCCCUCAUGGGACCAGCCUUUUAUCUUUGAGUUGAGUGGGCGAUCAAAAGAACUGAAAAUCCAGCUCCUGGAUGAGGGGAAGCCACAGGAGAGUUCAUUUUUGGGUGAGGUUGCAGUGCCUUUUGACCUGGUUAAGAAACAGCCUAAAGGACUGCAGAUAUUUACCCUCAUGGUCAAAGACCAUGUGACUGGCUCACUUUCUACUGAGUUGACGUACCUGGAGCCCAGUGAAGUGCGGUCCUGGCAAACUCCCACCCCCACACCUGCCAAGAAGGUAGAGAUGGACCGCACAGUAAUGCCCUGCGGCACAGUCGUCACCACCAUCACUGCUGUCAAAUGCAAGCCAGGCCGGCCCUCUCCAGGUGGAUUCCCUGCAGAAUCCCCCCUUAAGGCACCUUGCAAAACAAAACUAGCUGAAAGAAGAGUUUCAGAGCAGCAGUCUUUGCUGGGCACCACCGUGAACAAGGCCUUGUCCUCCUCUGAUACAGAGCUCCUGAUGCUGAACGGGACAGACCCGGUAGCAGAGGCAGCCCUCCGACAGCUCCAUGAGUCGGCCAAACAGAAAAUGAAGUCUCCAGUGAAAAAGAGCACCAUAAUCAUUUCAGGAGUGGCCAAGACUCCCUUGUCUCAGGAUGAUGAGCUGGCACUCAUGGCAGGGUAUGCUGCUGCUAUGGAUGCUUCUAUGGGGGGUAGUGGCCCCCAUGACAUGUGCAUGGAAUCUGUAGCCAACACUGGUCCACAGGACCCAACUGACCCUGUGGAGGGUCCCAGUGGAGCAGAUGAUGCAACACACUGGGACAGCAGGUCUACACAAGAUGCAGACACGGACAAGAAGUCUGCUCUGUCCCUCUGUGUCUCAGAGACUGGUUCAAAAAAAGGGAAAGAGGAAACAAGUGCUAACCAGAAAUUAUUACCUUCCGAGAAGCUUCCUGCACAAGAGUGCCAAGCUGUUCUUUCGUCGCAGACACCAACGCAAGGACCCGGGUAUGAGUCAGUCUCAGAACGACCUGGUGUACCUGGAGCAGCCCACAGCUGUGGACAAGGAACGGAGGACCGCAACCCUCACUCGCAUUGUCAGCAGGAAGCUGCUGCCCAAGAGCAAGAGCAAAGCUAAUGGUUCAGCAGGCUAGCCACAUUCCUGACCAUAAGCCUGUUUUGUGGGUUUAGGGUCCUUGCGGAGCACACCUACCCCCCACCCACCCAUUCAAUACGGUGAUGGAGAACCCAUUGUGCUUCCAUUUAAACAUUUAAGCAGGAUGUGGUGUGCACAGCAGAGAGAUGCAGCGCAAGACACUUCAACCAUUGACUUUAUCAUCGCUUGCAACAGAAGUGCUGUUGUCUUUAUGUAUAAGACCAUGGCCUUUAAAAUCUGUUCCACUGAACACAUUGGUCAUGCUAUACCUGAUACAGAAUAUAAAACUUGUUUGUUGAUAUCUAUAGACUUGACCUGAGAGAAAACAAACAGGAAGUAGUAUUGGGAUGAUUUGCACAUUUUCUGGAAGAAAAAUGGUAAUUAUAAGUUUAGCUUUGUCCAAGCUUCCUCUGUAUGCAUUAAUACAAGAGCAAAACUUGUGUGCUAAAGUGAUGGUUCUGCUUUACACAUGCUUUGUGUAUUAUCUCAAUGAAAUUACUUUGUAUCACAAUGGAAGUUAAAUUCUUAGGGACAAACCAGUCAGUUUCUAUUGCAGGUUCUACCCUAAGGUCACAUAAAAGGCAAAUGGAAAGAAUUUAUUCAUCAGUAUAUCUCAUUGUGAUUCCAUGUUGAUUUUAAUUACAUACAUUUUACAUAAUCUUAACUUAUUGUUAUCUUGAAAAACUCAUCUCACUGUCUUUGCUUUUAUAUAUUUUAGGCGUCCAGAGACUCACGAGCUUAGUGAAAGCGAGGUGUUUUGAGAGGUGUAAUUUAAUUUAACAGAACACUCCUGCUCUGUCAUUCGCUUGGUAAAAGAACAUUGCUGGGCUGUUGAAAAUCAACAUCUGAAUGUUCUUGCCUUUAAUAUUUCUUAAUGCUUAACUUUAUCAUAGAAAUCAUAUGCACCAGACAUUUCCAUUUGAUUUUCUUAUCACCCAGUUGCUUGUUCAGUUAAAAUGUGGCUGAACAAACUAGAGGGCAAAUGUUUGUAGAGAACAGGAAAAAAAACACUAAUUGCCAUAAGGGACAGUUUGUCGCUAUCAUAUAGUUGUACACCUGUCAUGUGACUUCUCAUUUAUACAGACACAUUUUGGAUGUAAAUGGGAAUUUUAAAAUCCCUGAUGAAAGGACAUGGCUCUCUUGGUGGAGUGGCUAUAAUGGAUGUGUGUUUUGUUCUUACAGGAUUUUACCUACAGUAGGAAUGCAUUUUAUGAGCAAUGCAUCAGACUUGCAUUAAACAGGUUUAGACUAUACUAUUCCUUGAAAAGGCCUACUGAGAUGAUUUUCAUAAUUAUAGCUCAGUAGUAUGUUGAAUUACAGUGGGCUCCACUUGAAAUCUUGAACUUCAUUGUACAGCCAGAAAUCUGCUGUUUACCAUACACUGGAUCAAACCAGGUUGACAUAGCAGCAUUCAGUUACUGCCAGGGUGGGUGCUGCUCCUACAUUGUAUUUAGUAUGCAAGAAACCUUUAAUUGACUGUGUGAGCUGUAUAUGGAUUUCUGGCUUUUUAGGAAGUCCCUAUCUGUUUUCACUUGAGACCAGUGCGAAAGAGCAUCUAAUGACAUUUAGCAUGGAUGGUUUUCGUUGCUUGCUGUCAUCACUUGUACCAAACGAGUGGAAUCCCUUUACUUUUGAAAAUAUGAACUGUACAAGGAGAUGGAGCAGCAGCUUUGUGUUUACAGUGGGGGAUGUUAUGUAGUGCCUUUUGCAAGGUUUCAGCAGACGUGUAAAGGAAAAAACCUUCCCUAUGCAUGUUACCUGUCUCCCCAAAAUGUGUGAUUUAAACGGCAGCCAGGUUACAGGCUCCCCAUUUGCAUUACAUUUUAGCAGUGGUGGAUUAAAUAUUUACUGUUUUAGUAAGCAUCCUGUUCAGCUCAUUAUCUUGCCACUGAUUUAUAUGCAGAAACCAAAAAUAUUCAGAAGUCAUGCUAAUCCAGAAACUGAGUACAUUUAAAUCAUGCAGACUCUUGCUGAGUCUAACAAAUCUACCUGUAAUGUUUUAGAUUAUUAAAUAACUAAACGUGCAGAUGGCCUGUAAUGUUUAAUUGCUUACUGGCAUUUUAUAUUUGCAUCAGUUUCAUCUAAAAAAAAUUAGAUAUCUGAUGCUUCGUGAUACAGAUUGGUCAAUGCAAUGCAGGGACUAUAACAUCAGGACUAUAAUU